AUGCGCCGCCCCUACUACCGCGGCCGAGGCAACUUCCGCACCAACUUCCGCUACUUCCGCCCGGGCGGCUACGGCGGGGACGGCUACCGGCCUCGCUCGCCGCGCUACGAGCGUCGAUCGCGCUCGCGGACGCGCUCGAGGACGCGCUCCCGCUCCCGCUCGCUGCGCAGCAGCUACUCGCCCGGCGGGAAGCACCGGGCGCGGCGCUCCUCCUACACGCCGCCCCCCGCCUCCUCGUCCGCCCGCAGCCGCUCGCAGUCGCGCUCGCGCAGCCGCUCCCGCAGCCGCUCGCGCUCCUCCUCAUCGUCGUCGUCGUCGCGAGGGGCCUCGCGAUCGCCCGACCGCUCGCGCGAGGCCUCCGUGGCCGCCGCGCCGGGAGGAGGAGGAGGAGGAGGUUGGGCCGGGGGGGCGGCCGGGGGGGCGUCCUCGGUGGCACCGGCGGCCGGGGGGGAGGCCGUCGGUGCCGGUGCUGCCGUGAGCGGCGGGGGUUUCGCGGCGCGCGCCGGCGGUGCGUUUGGCGGGGCGGGGGCGCCGCGCGGCCGCACCACCUCGGCCUCGUUGAGGGGGAAAUCGGCGUCCCCCAAGAGCGGCGGGCGCCCGCCAGCCCUGGGCGGCGCCGGAGAAAGCGGCAGAAAGGGAGACGGCGGCGGGAAAAACAACAACGGUGGGACUAGCGGCGGUGUGCUCUUCCCGGCGUUCAAGCGCACCACCACGGCAGGACGGGGAGCCUGGCAGGGCCUCACCACGUACAACGACAACAGCCCUCCCCACACGGCCGCCCCCACGGCCCCGAUGUCGCUGACGCUCACCAAACGCGCCGGUGCCGGCGCCGCCGGCGCCGCUACCACCGGGGCCGCCGGCACCGCGGCCGGCCAGAGGAGGCCCAUGCCGCUCACGGGCCCCAUGGGCAAACCCAUCCUGCCGCAGAGGAUCACGCUCAAGAGGAACAUGAUCGGGGGCGCGGCGGCGCAGGGCGGGGGCGGCACGGCCUCGGCCAAUCAGCAGCAGGCGGGGGCGCCCGGACCGCAGCCUGGAGAGGGCCCCCCUCCGCCUGCGUCCAAGGAGAAGGCUCCUGCCGAGGGGCCCCCCGCGCCCACCGUGCGCAGGGGCUUCACCUCGGUGCCGCCGCCCCUCGCGGGCACGGGGAGCAAGGGGGGAGCCGAGGCCUCGGGGCCCACGGGGGGCGGGGAAGGCGGCGGUGCGGGUGACGCCGGCGGCGUCGGUGGUGGCGCCGGCGGUGGCAGUGGCGGUGGUGAUGGUGGUGGUGGGCCUGAACUCGAUGUGCACGUCCCACGCUAUGCGGAGGAGGCGCCCGUCGCGUCCUACAAGGACCGAGAGCCGGAGAGGGAGCGCGAGCGCGAGCGCGGCCGGGAACGCGAUCGCAAGAAGAGGCGCGACGCUCUGUACGACGACGACGACGACGAGGAGGAGGAGGACGAUGAGCCCGGCGGGGGCGUCCACGAGGAGAAGGCGGAGGGCGGCAAGAUGGCUGCCGAGCCGCCCCCCCUGACGUUCAUGAUCACGCGCAACUCGGGCGGAGGGGAUUACUACGGCAAGAAGUCGGUGACGGCCUCGUCCACCCCUCCUCCGUCUGCCGCCGCCGGCGCCGGCUCGACCAAACGCCUGCGCCGCGUCGACUCUCCCGACCACCAGCGCUACCCCCACGCGGCCACCGCCACCGCCGGCCCUCCCGGCGCCGCGGCCGCCACCGCCUCCUCCACGCCCCCCACCUCCGGCGGCACCGGCGGCACCGGCGGCGGCAACGUCCCCAUCACCGUGACGACGUCGAGCAAGGGUUACGACUUCAAGAAGAUGCACGCCGGCGACGACGACGACUUUGCCGACUUCGCCGAGAUCCUCUCCAAGUCGGCGCGCGCCAAGAAGGCCGCCGCCGCCGUCGCCGCCGCCAACGCCGCUGCCGCUGCUGCCGCGGCCGCAGCGGCUGCGGCCACCACCGCUCAGCAGCAGCAGCAGCAGCAGCAGGUUGUGUCCAUGAGAAGCGUCGACAGCGGGAGCGACAGCGGCUCCGUGUCACCGCCCCCCGUCGUAGUUCGCAAGCGGCAGAGGGGGCAGCCGCCCCCCGCCGGCACGACGCUGCUGGGUAGCGGCAUCGGCGUGAGAGGCGGUGACGUGAGGGGCGGUGACGUGAGGGGCGGUGACGUGGACCUGGAUGAGCCGGUGGUGGUGCGCGUUGACCCUCUGCGCUUGACCGUGCGGCCUGGCGCGUCGCUCUCUCUGAGCGACGAGCGACAGCUCUCCAUGGACUUGGUCUCGGUGCGACGAUCUCGCUCCCAACGCGACCGCGAUCCCACCGCCGGCACGAGCGGCGGCGGCGGUGGCGGCGGUGGUGGCGGUGGUGGCGGUGACUCGUUUCGUUCCAUUUUCCACCACAUCCCCACCGCCUCCGCCCGCCCGCCCAGCCCCUCAAUCGCUUUCCUGCAGCACAUCGUGUCUUUGGUGCACCACGUACGCGAGCACCGCUUCAAGCCCGCCACCAUGACCCUGAACGAGCGCUUUGGGAGCCUUCAGGAGGCCAGUGAGGCUGGGAACAAGAGUCCCGAGAUCCGCAGGAGGAUCGACAUCUCUCCCGACUUCCUGAAGCGUCACAAGAAGAAGGAGAGCGUCGACGGCGCCGCCUCCUCCUCGGGGAAAUUCUCGCUGCGACGCGACAGCAGCGCCAGCAGCAAGGAGGAGGAACAGCAGCAGCAGCAGGCGAGGGAGAAGUCGAGCGAGCGAGCGCCCAAGGCGGAGCGGAGGCACAAGGAGCGCGGGGAGCGGGGGGAGAGGGAGAGGGGGGAGCGUGGCGACGAGCGGGAACAGCGGGAGCGCGACGAACGGAGAUCUCGCUCGGCCAGCCACGAGGAAGUCUACGGCUUUGAGAAGGGCGGCAGGUCAAGCUCCAAGGACUACUACCACCAGCAGCAGCAGCAUCAGCAGCAGCUGCAGCAGCAGCAGCACGGGUACCAGCAGCAGCAGGGCGGCUACCAGCACCGCGGCUCAUCCUGGCAGCCACGGAGUCGCCCCGCGCCCUACAUGCAGUUCCGUGGCCGUGUGCGCUACCGCGGCCGCGGCUACGGUGGGGGGGGCUACCCCCCCCCGCCGGGCGGGGGCUACGGACGUCCCCAUGACGACGGCGGCGGCGGGGGGGGCUCCCCGCCCCCCCAGAGUUCCCGCCGGAGUGGGGGGGGGCGCGAGGAGGAGUGGGAGUCGGAGUACCAGCCACGCAGCAAGAAGUACUACCUGCACGACGACCGUGAAGACGACGUUGGUGGUGUUGGCGUGAAGGAUGCGUGGGGCAGCGGUGGCCGUGGCGACGCGGCCGCCCUCCCCCCCGCCCCCUCCUCCUCCUCGUCCAAGCGAGCCGCCCCCGCCACUCGCUCCUCCUCCACGGCGGUAACGGCGGCGGCGGGCGGCGGUAACGGCGGAGGCGGGAGCCCGGCGUUCUCGGCUAACGCGGGGACCGGCGCGGCGGCGGCGGCGUCGGCGUCGUUGUCAGGGGGCGGCGGCAGGAGAGGGGGCGGCAGAGCCGGCGGUGGCGGGGGGAGUGGCGGGGGUGGCGGUGGGGGAGCUGCGGCCGCGUUUGCGUACGGGCGGCGCGAGGCGGCAGCAGGAGGGGGGGCCAGCCCCAAGUGGACGCACGACAAGUUCCGUGCCAGCGACGAGGACGACGACGAUGACGACGACGACGAUGGCAGCAGCAGCGGAGGAGGAGGAGGAGGAGGACGCGGCCGCGGUAGAAACGACGACGACGACGAUGAUGGAGGAGGAGCGAGGGGAGGAGGAGGGGGGAGUGCACCUGGGGGCGACAAGAAGGGGGCGGCCGCGCAGAGAGGAAAAGACGACAAGCGAUUCGAUUGGUCGUCGCGACUCUUCAUUGCUCGUUACAAAGCCCCCCUUGUCCCGUUCCGCUGA